UGAUAAAAUUUGAGCUUUUUUUUACCUUUUUUUAGAUUCCAACAAUUUUACUUUUUUAAUAUUCCUUACCCUAGAGAAUUUAGAAAACCAAUGUUUUUAGACUAUAUAAGAAUAAGUCUAUCUGGCCUAUUUGGUACAGAAGGUUCAUUCGAGCAUGAUUUACAGAAGGGGUCGAUAAUGAUGACUAGUUGAGGAACCUUUGUGUUUUAUGUAUACUGUUUUGUUUUAACAGGAUUUUGUCUAUUCUUUUGAUUUUAACUGCUUAUAGUAAUAAUUAGUAGUUAAAUAUGAACUUGUUUUUUCAAAUAUAAUUAUGUAGUAGUUAUGAAUACCUUCAACAUACAUUUAUUUACUUGAAAAUUGUAUAGUUAAAUGUAAUUUUUUUAGGGGGACACUAGAAUAAAUUUUUAAAAAUUUGUUUUAGCAUUAACUAAUAAUAAAAGUAUUAAAUAAAAUGGGUCGUACUCAAAAAAACAAAAAAAUAAAGGCUGAGAAGAGAAAGUACAACAUGUCAACGAAUCCAAGAAGGCUGCUGUUUCUUCUAAAGUACACAAUCAAUGAGCUUCCUAUCAACCAGCUGGGAACCAUCGGAAAUAUUCUGAGAUACAUUCAGUUUCUAAAAUCUCCUAGAUCAAUAAGAUUUCAAUCUACAAAGUCGAUAGUAGCCUGCCCUCAAAAGCACGAGAACAGGGAUUUGAUCUGCAAAGAUAGUUUCUGCAAGAAUUCUGAACAAAGAUGUGUUGCCUCCGCUGUAAUAGACGCUUGGAAGAAAGCAGGGUUUCAAGAUUUUAUCAUCAGUAGAGAUAAAAUACUGAAGCUCCAUGGUAAGUACAUAAAUCUGCAUCAUCUCAAAUCAUUGAAUUGGAACUCUAGCGAUGGCAACUUGUCUAAAAUACAGAAUGAGUUUUUAGAGGAGAGUAAUACACUCUUUGAUAUUUCAUUGGCAAAUUUUGAACAAAAAGUAAAUCAGGAUCGUUUUCGUUCGGAGAAUGCUAAAAAGGAGGAUAUUAGGUUUUAUCUAGAUCAAAAAAGAGAGCGAAACAUGUAUAUUACAGAAGAGUUGGAUAAAGUAUUACAAAAUUCAGUUAAAAAUAAAAAUAUAUUUGGCUCAAGAGGAUGGAGGAAGCAAGAGAUAAAAGUAGUAUCACAGUUAAUGCAGUAAAAUCCAACAAACUUGAAGCUUCUUUUUAUUCAUCUGGAAAUGAUUCUGAAUCGGAACUUAGUUUAGAUUCUUCAGAUGAUGAAAAAUUACCUAAUAGAUUCAGUCAUUCUACUAAAUCUAAGAUAAUGAGUAUAAGUGCUGAAGUUAUAAUAUAUAAUAUUAAUAAGUAUAAGUGCUGAAGAUCUGGUAGACUGUACUGCUGCAGUUUUUUGCCCGAUUCAGAGUAGGUAUACGCCCACAAACUUCAUUAGUAGCUGAUAUUAAUCUAUCAAGAAGUACCGUUCAUAGAAAAAGAUUCAAUAAAAUUGAGAUAUUAGGAGAUAAGCUCAGGCAAGAAAUUAUAACUACUCUGAAGGGAAAAAAGCCACGUGUUCAUUUCGACGGAAAAAGGAUAAAACAGAUUGAAGAAGAUCCAAAAAUAACUGUUUCUGUAGAAAGAAUAGGGGUUAGUGUUACAUCCCCUGAUAUGGAUGACACAGAUGACAUACUGCUAGGUGUUGUUCAGACACUAUGUUCUAAAGGUAAUAAAGGCUGAAGCAAUUUUGAAUUUGCUAGAAUACUAUGACAUUGUAGAUCAAAUAUUUUCUGUUUGCUGUGACACUACUGCAUCCAAUACUGGAAUACACUCCGGAGCUGUUGUUAUCCUUAGUUCCAUUCUUAAUAUUCCACUUAUAUGGUUUCUCUGCAGAAGACAUAUGCUAGAAAUACACAUCUCACACUUUAUGUAGGCUUUGACUAGAGAGAAGACGAAGGGCCCAAGAAAAGGGCUGUAUGUCAAACUCCAGAAUAAUUGGUGUUUUUUCAAAAAAGAGGUUGACAAGAUGAUAGAUCUAGUUAGGUUUGAUUGGAGUCAGCUUCAGGUUGAGUCACCUCUUUAUGAAAUUGCUAAGAAAGCUCUGGAGUUUGGAAAAGAGGCCCUUCCCUCAAAAACUUUUGUGAGAAAUGAUUACAGGAAACUAUGCGAGCUUUUUGUUUUCUAUUUGGGAGGAGAAGUACCUGGACUGUGUUUUCAUCAACCUGGAGCCUGCCAUGAAGCUAGGUUUAUGGCUGAUGCUUUAUACAUUCUUACCCUGAGAAUAACCAAUAAAAUCACAAUGAUUAUGAGCGAAGUGGAAAAAAAGAUGAUAGAGACAGCAGCCUUUUUCACAUCUGUCUGGUAUGCACCUUGGUUUCUAAAGUCGUACUUGGUUGCAAGUUCACCCUCAAAUGAUCUUGCAGCUUUUAAGAAUGCUUUUUGUAUCAAAGAAAAAUAUCCCAAUCUUGGUUCAGCAUUGGUUGCUAGUAUGCAAAGACAUACCUGGUUUUUGACUGAGCAGCUGGUGCUGCUAUCUCUGGCUGAUGAUGAUGUAGAGCAGGAAGUGAAAAAAGAGAUGUUGGAUAGAUUAGUUCAGUUCGAUGUUCCUGACAAGUUCAAGAUUGGAAAACCUGAGCUACUUAGGUUGUUAGGAAAGUUUGUAGAACUCCCCUAUAAAAAAAUAAUAAGAGUUUUUUUUAAUUUUAUUUUAUUAAAUGUUCAAAAUAUUGUCCAUCAUUAUCUAUACAAAGUUGCAUCCUUUCAAGCCACUUGUGAAACGUUUUUUUAUACUCAUCUUUGGGUAUACUUUCAAGUAGCUUCGUUAUGCGGGUAUUUUGGCUUUCGAUGUCAGUAUCGUCAUCAAGAUUUUUUUUUAUCAAGUUGAAUAGCCAAUAAUCGGAUAGAGCUAAGUCUGGUGAGUAUGGUGGGUGGCAAAUUAUUGUAAUUCCAGCUUGGUUUAGACAAUUUGUGACGGUUUGAGUUACAUAGGGUAGAGCGUUAUCAUGAAGAAAUUUAAAAUUGUGAGUGCUCGUUUUAGGUCUUUGCUUAUUUAAUUUGCAUGGUGUCUCCCUUUUCAACAUAACCCAAAUGAACAACACCUGUUGUUUUGAAGAAGAUGUAGAACAUGCUUUUUGGCUAAAACCUGUCGCAUCUUACUAUAGUUCUUGGACUUUCAUCUUCACUGACCUAACUAGCUUUAGCUGACUUGUGUCUAACUUGUCUCAAAUAAAACCAUGACUCAUCCCCUGUAGCAAUAUCGCAUAGCCUCCAUGGGCCAUUUCUGAAAAGGGCUAAAUUUUCCUUACAUCCCUCAACUCUAUUCUUUCGAUUUUCAUCGGUUAACACGUGGGGUAUCCAACGUGAUGUUAGUUUUCUUUUUUUGAGUGUGUUGUGAAUGAUUUUGUUAAUUGUAAAACGAUUAAUUGAUGUCAAGGCUUCAAUUAUAUCAUGUGUUAUAUGCAGAUUUUCUUCAAGAUGGCUCGCACACGUUCAAUAUUUUCAGCUGUAUACGUGGUUUUACGGUGCCCUGAGCAAGGAUCAUUUUCAAGACUCUCUCUACCAUCUUUAAAUAAAGUAGCUCACUUGGCAACUGUACUAUAUUUUGGAGCUUGGUCACCAUGAACUAAAACCAAUUCAUCGGUUAUGGCUUGUGCUGAAACUCCAAGUAGAGCACGAGUUUUAAUAUAUGCUCAAUAUUCAAGUUUUUCCAUUUUUAAAUUUUUUCUUUCAAAUGUAUAUAAUAAAAUUUAAAUAACUCUUUAAAUAAACAUUCAAAAUAUUUCAAUAAGUACUUAAAAUGUUCAUAAUUAAACACAGUUUAAGAUGAUAUAUAAGUAUUUAAUUAUUUCCUGUCUUAUUGUAACUUUAUAGAUGAAGUUCUACGAACUUUUUAA